UAGGAAAAACGUCCAAAAGUACACCAAUUAGACAUUCACUAAUCAGCACUCAGCAGUAAUAAUCACUACAUCAAUGAUCAAGCAACGCUAACUUAUAGAAGAACUCGCCGCCAUUUUUCAUCAUUUCUCGAACCUUCAUUGCAGUAUAACCAGUGGCUAUCACGAUAUCUCCCACGCACUUUCUCUCUCCUCUUCAGCGACUCUCACCGCGCUAGGGUUUUUCUCCGGCGAUCUUCAUUUUCUACCGUUUGAAAUUUCGCCGGAAAAAUGGAUCCCUUACUUCCGAUCAUACUUUUUUCGACAAUUCUCGGCGCAAUCAUCGUGUUUCUCAUUUUCGGAAACUACUUCAGAAAGCAGAAAUCUGAAGUUGAAUCACUUGCUAAAGCUGAGCCUAUGAACGAUGCGAUUUCCAAGAAACCUUCGAAAUCAAUUCCUAACUCAAAAAAGUCUCAAUUUAAGCACCAUUCUCAUGCUGCUGAUAAGGAAUUAAACAAGAAGCAUCAUCCGUUGGAUUUGAACACGUUGAAAGGUCACGGUGAUUCGGUUGGCGGUCUGUGUUUCUCAUCAGAUGGAAAGAAUUUGGUCACAGCUUGUGCAGAUGGGGUCGUCCGUGUUUUUAGGCUGGAUGAUGUUUCUAACAAAAGUUUCAAAUUCUUGCGUAUUAACAUGCCAGCUGGAAAUCAUCCCGUAGCUGUUUCAUUCUUAGAGGAUGAUUCAUCAAUUGUAGUGGCUACUCAAGCUCUGUUGGGUACUUCUCUUUACAUGUAUGCAGAAGAAAAGGCCAAACCUUCAGAUGGAAGUAAGCAGCAAGCCAAACUUCCUCUUCCAGAAAUUAAAUGGGAACAUCAUAAAAUCCAUGAGAAGAAUGCAAUUUUGAACCUGGUUGGGGCUACUGCAAGAUAUGGCACUGGUGAUGGAAGCACAGUGAUAGCUUCUUGUUCAGAAGCAACUGAAAUUAAACUUUGGCAUGGGAAAACCGGAAAGCUAUUGGGGACAGUUGAUACUAACCAGCUGAAAAACCACAUGGUCGCUGUAUCUCCGAAUGGACGGUUUUUAGCUGCUGCAGCAUUUACAGCUGAUGUGAAGAUCUGGGAGAUCAUUUACUCGAAGGAUGGUUCUGUUAAGGAAAUUGUUAAGGCUAUGCAGCUUAAGGGGCACAAGAGUGCGGUAACUUGCUUAUGCUUUGCUCCAAACUCAGAUCAAGUGAUAACAGUAUCUAAGGAUGGUACCUUGAAAGUAUGGAAUAUUGACGUUCGUUAUCAUAUGGAUGAGGAUCCCAAGAUUCUGAGAGGAUUUCCAACUCCGCUUCAUGAUUCUAAUGGUGCAACGUUGCAUUAUGAUCAUCUUAGUUUAUCUCCUGAUGGAAAGAUACUUGCUGCCACUCAUGAUUCAACUUUGCAAUGGCUAUGUGCUGAGACCGGAAAGGUUUUGGAUACCGCUGAGAUGGCUCAUGAUGGUGACAUCACAUGCAUUACAUGGGCGCCCAAGACCCUUCCUGCUGUAAACUCAGAUUCCUUCAUCUUGGGAACAUCUGGAGUUGAUAAGAAAGUUAAGCUAUGGCUGGCACCUUCUAUUCAUUCUUCAUGAAGAACUUACGUAGUACAAUGCUAAUCGCUGGAAAAGCAGCAUUACCGUUUCUUUCCCAAAGCCAUACUGGAAACUCCGCGAUUUUGUAGUUUCAGAUUGCUGCUGGUUCAUCAUCUUAUACUGACUUUGCUUAUGCUGCGUAAUCUUAUGACAUCUUGCUGGCUUACAUGAGAAAUUGAGAAUUGUAGAGCUUUAGACCAGAAUCUGAGAGAUAGUUUUGUAUGGUUUAAUGGAUACUUAUAGGAUAGUGGCAUACAUGAUAAUUGGUGUUGGACUGUUGUUGUUUAGUAGAACCUCACUCAAAUAUGUAACAGAUUAUAGCUAUGACUCGUGCCGGUUAUAUAAAGAGUAAUUUGAGUUGUGCUUUUGUGA